AUGAAGAUUGGUCUCCAUUGUGACGGAGCUGAUCUAGGUCUGUCUCCUUUCGAGAUAGAAAUGCGUCGCCGUCUCUGGUGGCAGAUCUGCAUUUUGGACGUCCGAACGGCGGAGGAUCAUGGCUCUGAACCAACCAUACUCGAAGCAGCCUUCAAUGCCGAAUUGCCUUUGAAUAUCAACGACACUAGCCUGCAACCGGACAUGAGCGAGCUGCCUCAAGUUCAACCUGGAAAGACCGAGAUGACCUUUACGCUGGUCCGGUUUGAAGUGAGCCAUUUUGUGCGAAGAGUGACAUUCUCAGACAGGUUUUGCCGCACUAACUCAUACCCAAUCUUGAGUGAGGCAAAGAAGUGUGAAGCAAUAGAGCAAUUCAAGGAGCGUGUAGAGAAACAAUACUUAUCAUAUUGCGACAAAGAAGUUCCACUUGACUUUAUCACCGCUACUUCCACUCGUCUGAUUUUGGUAAAAUUGAAAUUGGCAGUAUGCAAGCUACGGAAGGAUCAGGCUCCGGGCAUGCUUAUGCAGACGAUUUACCGGAGGACUUGUGAAGAAGUCCUGCAGCACGCUCAAACACUGCGAAAUUAUGAGAAGGGCAAAAGAUGGCUCUGGCUGUUUCAGACCUAUGUCGAAUGGGAUUCACUGGCUUAUCUCCUUCUCCAUAUCUGUACAGCACCUCCGGAGGAGCUGUCUGAUGCGACGUGGAAAAUUGUCGACGAGAUCUACCACCACUGGAAAUGUGAAUCAGGUAUCUAUCGGGAUCGCCGCUGGAGACUUAUUGAAGAGCUUCGGUUCCAAGCUUUGAGCGCACGAGCUACGAAGCAGAAAAUCCCUCAAUUGCCACGGGCGACGCAACCGGGUCAUCACACAACACCUGAACAAUAUGAUCUUGGACCUGCGGCCAGACUACACAAAGACCCGUCCGCCAGAGCCCAUCGAACAACAGAUACCGGGAUCGAUCAGCCAUCUAACGCGGAAGCUGCUGCUUACGUACAUCCAUCGCAGGUGGCAGGGUUUCAGACAACAGAGUCCAAUCCUACUGUUGAUCAACCCUUCCCCAUGGGGACACUCAUCAGCGCGGCGACUGCGACAUCUGUAACUCAACCCGUAGAUGAGGCAAUGUCGAGUGCUGCUGAGUUGCCGAGUGGGGGUACUGGCUGCGAGUGGAGCGCAGCGCUAUUCGAGGUGUUUUGGGAUCUCACUGGAUCUGGACAAGGUGCCUCUGUAUCGUGGCUGUAA